AUGGCGCCAGGAAUUGUGUCACUUGAAAACGAUGAGAAUCAUGAUCCAUCAGCACACCCCACGAAGACGGGCUUACUCGUGGAAUCGAAUGGUGCUAUAACCUCGUCGUCCCCUUCCAGACCUGCUUUGUCGAUUCUACACAAUACAAUUUUAGGGCCCAGGUCCGUAUCGGGCAGCUACCACCGACCUCAUACCGUACCGAAUACCAGGACAAAUCCAUCGGAUGGAUUGAACGUAAUCAUCCCGAUGGGAGGGGUUGGGAGUCGUUUCCAGCGUGAAGGUUAUCGCUUUCCUAAACCCUUGAUCAAGAUAGUAGGGCGGCCAAUGCUUUGCUGGCUUGUCGAGAACCUGCGCUUGACGUCACAAGAUACUCUAUGGUUGGCAAUCCAAGACGAGGUUGAGGAUGAGUUCCAGGUUGGUCAAUCAAUGAAAAAGUGGUUUCCUUCCUUGAAUGUCCGAUUGGUCAGGCUCAAUUAUUUGACCAAGGGAGCUACCGAGACCCUUUUUAUUGUGGCACAGAGCAUGCCUGUUUCGCAUCGUCGACGCCGCACAGUGUCUCUUGAUUGCGAUACCAUCUACCAUCAUGACAUCCUUACCGACAUCAGAAAUCUACCUGCAGGAAUGGGUGGCUGCUUUUUCUUCCAGGAUACCGGUAGUGAGCCAAUCUUCUCAUAUAUCGUUUACGACGAGAACAACACCAUCAUUGACAUCCAAGAAAAGAAGGCCAUCUCCACCAACGCCAAUACUGGUGCUUACGUGUUCCCCUCAGGGUCGGCACUACAACAAUGGGCAAACAUCAUCCUAGAUUCGAAACUAGAUACUAAUGGUGGCAAGACUGGAGAGUACUUCACCAGUCAAAUGAUUGAGGAGAUGAUCAAAGUCGGCAAGAUCCCAUUCACCGCUAUACCAGUCUCUGGCGAUGCGUUCAGCUGUGUCGGGACCCCACGUCAGCUUGACGAAUUCCUUCUGAAGAUCAGUCAACAGGAUUCGACAAUAAAACCUAAGCGACAAAGAUUUUGCUUUGAUCUCGACAUGACGCUCGUGGGAUUCCCGCAGGAGCCCGGCGACUAUUCGACGUGUCCUCCAAUCUGGCAAAAUAUUGAACUUGUGAAACAACUCCACAAGGCUGGACAUCAUAUCAUUAUCCAGACCGCUCGCAGAAUGCGUACUCAUAACGGCAAUGUCGGAGCGGUGAUUGCAGAUAUUGGAAGUGUCACUAUUGCUUCCCUCCAAAAGUACGGCAUUCCCUACGAUGAAUUGUUCUUUGGAAAGCCAUACGCACAUGUCUAUGUUGAUGAUUUAGCAGUUCAUGCCAACGUAGACACUCGACGAGAGAUAGGAUGGCUCGCAUCCGACGUGGAUAUUCUGGAGGACGGUACUGAGAAGAAUCUUCUCGCGGACGCAAAACACGCCAAAAAGGCAGGAGUCAUCGCGAGUCGGGAGUUCAAUCACGUCCAGAUCAUUGGAGAACGAGUGAUGAAAAGUUCAAAAACACCAAAGCUGAUGGCUGAGAUGUAUUUUUAUAGCCGAGUGCCUAUCAGCAUUCGCGGGCUUUUCCCGGAGAUGUACUCGACAAGCUAUGUGCCACAAACCAAGACAUUCUCCUUCACUAUGCAGAAGGUGCAGGGGGUGUCUUAUUCCCACCUUCUCACAUCUCGAUCAUUGACGCACCGAAGGCUUGAAGCCAUGCUUCAGGAGCUAUACCGCAUUCACACCUGUGAUGAAGAACAUGCUCUGCCUCAUGCUGGCCUCCUCUCGAAAGAGAUUGACGAGAUUCUAUCAGACAACAACGCCCAAACACUGAAGGACUUUGACGAUGCCCCAAGCGUGGAUGGCUUGAAUACUGGCACGAGUAUCUACGCAAACUAUGCGCGAAAACUGAAAUCUCGAUAUAAUGAUUACCGAGAAGUCUACGAUCUUCUUGGCUCUAACAAGACUUCACAGCUGUAUGCGACUCUCCUUGCGGGCUUGGAGUCCUAUGAGACGCGCGACCGAGCCAUCCCCGCAGCAUAUAUUCAUGGUGACCCGGUCCUCUCGAACGUUGUUCUUGAUGAGACGGCACGCAAAGUGACGUUCCUUGAUGUGAGAUCAUUGCAGGGAGACAUGUUCACAACCGCUGGAGAUGUCUGCUAUGAUCUUGCAAAGGUACUCCAGUCAUUACAUGGUUAUGAUCACAUCAUACUGGGCAGUAAUGAGGGCAAUGGCCCACCCAAUGUUGAUGACCCAGCCAUGAAAUUGGCCAAGUUACUCAAGCCAGAGGAUAGGGCAUUCCUUUCGAGUCUUCAGGACUUCUUCUGGUCAUUUGUGCAGGAGAAAUAUGGUUCUGCGGUCCAGCUGCACGACCUAUUGACAUUGAUGGCCUCAUUAUUGUUCACAUUGAUCCCUCUGCAUCGAUCUGCAGUGCAACCAUUGUUUUUGCAGAUGUGCGCGAAUGUUUUGGAACAUGAAACAGGCUUUCCCUUGUAA